AUGGUCUACGACCUGAUAGCAUGUGGCGUCGCUGGUAUCUGCUUCCUCGUCGCUUGUUGGGCUUUCACGGGCGUACGGUUGUUUGUGCGCAUUCACCUACGCAAAGGCCCUUUUCUUGAUGACUAUCUGGCAGUAAUUUCCUUGUUCCUCUUCACAGUAACCGCCACCAUUUCCAUAUACUGCCACUUCACGCGACACAUCCCUCUGGUCAUAUAUCCCUCGCCAGAAUACGGUCGAAAAGGACUCAAGUAUGUCUUCAUCUGCCAAAUCUCUUACACAGUCGGGACAUACCUCAUGAAACUCUCCUUCACCUGCACACUCCGCCGCCUCAUCCAAACAAGACUCCAAUAUGCUGUCCUGCUCGUCCUCAUGAUCACCGGCGCAAUCAUCACCACGGCCACCAUUAUCCAAGCCGUACUCUACUGCAAACCAACUUCCUACUACUGGAACCAGUUCGGCAACUCCAACGCAAAAGGCCACUGCGGCGUCUACUCGUCGCGCACUGUCAUAGUCCUCGUCCAGGCCGUAUGGAUCCUGUUCGCCGAUGUCGUCCUCGGGCUCAUCAUGCCAUUCAUGCUCCUCCACGGCACGAUGAUGCACUUUCGCACCAAACUCUCCAUCCAUGUCCUGCUAGGGCUGAGCUCCAUCACAUGCAUAGCAACCACAAUCCGCCUCGUCUACCUCAGCCUCUCCUCCGAAUCCACACUAACAUGGACCGUCGUCCCCGUGGUCUUCUGGUCGCUCAUCGAGCACGGAAUGAACAUCCUCUGCGUCGCGGCGUCAACGUGGAAGCCGCUGUUCGUUAGGAUGGGGCUGGUUGACCCGCGCGAUCGCGACUCGCCUGUGCGUAUGAACACCGCAGACCGCGAGGUCUUUGGGGAGUCGACGCCGGUGAGUGAGUCAAAUACGAAUACAAAUACAUCCUCGCCGACGAAGUGGGGUGCGCCGAUUGCGGGGAUUUUUUAUGAUCGGGAGAAGAUAGUAGGUGUUGGGGAGAAUGCAGUUAUGUUGUCGUCUGCGUCGAGCCGGGGAGAUGGAGUUGUUUAA